UCAGUGCUGCAAUGUUGGUACUACUACUACUUCUGUUUCUCUGUCCUUUAUCAAGGUCACAACAAUGCGAUCAACACCUGAUCAACAAUGUUGCAGACUUUUUAAUGCAACAGCUGAUCUCCAAGUACCCGGACAAUAUUAGGCUCACCAACAUAUCUUCCUCGUUUCUUUACGAUCAUGGAAAAGUGGAGGCAAACUUCGGCAACUUGGCUAGACUGAACAGCAUCAGGAGAAGGGGCGAUGUAAAUCUCCAGGUGUUCAAUAAUAGUGUUAACAUUGUUUUAGAGAUAAGUUUCCUAUACUUGACAGUCAGUUAUGAGCAAUACAAGGUCAAGGUAGCGGGCCUCAGUACUUCAGGCAGCCUAGAAACUUCAGUUAUGGAUAACUUAAUCCAGGUUGACGUCACGAUGGGAGACAAAUCCCUAUGUUUCAUCAACAUCAACAGUGUCAAGUUUCUGCGCAUGGGAGACUUUGAAGUUAGACUGCGCUCAAGCUGCAAAUUGUGCAGUUCUGUAACCAGCUCCGUGACUUCUUCUGCGCUUAACUACUUCAAGACUCGGAUACGCAGCUUGGUCGAGGCCAAGGUCAACGAAACACUCUACAGAGUCAUCAAACCUGAUAAUCCUGUCAUUUGUAAAACCCUCCACACAUUCUACAACGAAUACGAUUAAAACUUUAGGAUUGGUUGCUUA